CCAAUGUUGCAUUCUUUGAUCCUUCAUGCCUCAGGCAAUAACGACGCCCUGGAUGAUCGUCGCGCGUGUGGAUGCCUCAUUAUCUCACCCAUCAUGAGCCCGUCCUUUACUGGAUAAUAAUAUGGACCUUGUGACAUGAUAUACUUCAACGUCUAUUCGCAUUCGUUACUGUCUUGAAGAUUCUCUUCUGCCUGAAUUUGAGUGCGACGAAUACCGCUCGCAUCUCCACCCCUACACGCCCUCUCUGAACCGAGUAAACCAUCACACAAACCAUCAUGGCGACCAUCGAGGAACUCUCUCAAACCUCUCCCCCCGCGCUUCUCCUCCUUCCUGCACCGCCACGUCCCUCGUCACUGAUCGCCUUGGAUGCCGCCUACCGAGCACCACUCUCUGCAGUUCUUAACAAACUCAAAAGCCUGCCAACCCAAGCUACGUUGGUUAUUGCUGUCGCUUGCCCCAUUCUUGAUGGCCCAUCCCCGCGAGCCAAGUCCGUCCGCUGGACCGAGGCCCAAUCGCUACUAGCAGGUCUUUACACACUUGUCUCUGGCAUCUGCGCAAGCGAGUCUAUCGACGUUGAUGUGGGUGCUGGACCUGGGAGCGUGGAUUCCCGUAUCGUCUUGGUCGAUCAUGAGCCCUUGCGCAAAUACUGGCUUGGUCCAGAUGGCGGCUAUGAGCCUAACCGCACUGCUGUACUUGAUCUUGCUACCUUUGCCACAAAAGCCCAUCCCUGGGAGACCAUAUUCCAUCCCAGCACUGAGGCUGGCUACAAGUUGCUGUCUGAUUUCCUCAGUUUUGCAGAAAAGCAGAUCUAUACCUAUAACCAGCUUGUCGCUGUUGACGGUGGUAUCACUAUGAUCACAGAGACCGACGCUAAAACAACUGUGGACCAGCCCAACCUCGUUGGCACUGUCUGUUUAGGAGGGACUUUUGAUCAUCUCCAUCCUGGCCACAAGUUGCUUCUACAUGCGACUGCGCUGCUUCUCGCUAUCCCUGAAAAGGAUUCAGGCCAGACAUGCACCCUUAUUGUCGGCAUUUCGGGUGACGAGUUACUCGUCAACAAAAAGUAUGCCGAGGAGCUGCAGUCUUGGGAGGAGCGUGCCCAAAGUGUGCUCUCCUUCCUCUGUACCCUCCUCGAGUUCAAAACCACCAUGACGGCCCCUCCUACAAUCUCAAAGCCCGACGAGUUGACCGCCACACUGCGAAAUCGCACAGUGUUGGUGCGCUGUGUCAACAUCCACGACCCCUUUGGGCCCACCAUCACAGAGGAGGCCAUGGAUGUCAUUGUCGUGUCAGCUGAGACUAGGGGUGGCGGCAAGGCUAUCAAUGACCGGAGAACUGAAAAAGGUUGGCGGCCGUUGGAGGUCUACGAAAUCGACGUGCUGGAUGCUCGAGCGAUCACGGAAGGCCAAGGCGAGGGCGGCACGGCCAAGACCGAAGAUUUCAGUGCCAAGAUUAGCAGCUCAACUAUCAGAGAGCAGCGGGCUGCUGCGAAGAGCCAAUCGUGACGGGGCGGUUCGGACGACAGUUCGGCCGGAGGCAACGCGAGAAGAGUUAAGCAUACGUCAGAAUAAAGGAAGAUUGAUUACACGAAAAUCUGUCAGAAAGAAACGGAGGAAUAUGAUCCUACAAUUGGAUGUCCUGCAUUUACUUUCUUCGUGGAUCAAGCCAUCGAACCAAAACACUCUCUCGCAAAGGAACACAAAUGAAAUCCUUGAUCCUAGCCAUCCACCGGUCCAUUAGUUGGAACUUUUCUCAAAAUCGUCCUGAUAACCC